AGCAAUUAUUAGAGAUUUGGGGCUCACUGAAGACGCGAUUAAUCGAAUAUUGUGUGGUAGCCCGCAGUUGGAAGUCUUAAUCAUGUCUUUUGGAGAAAGAGGUGAAAGCAUGUCUAUCCGAUCUACUAGUUUGAAAGAGCUUUCGAUUUACAAGUAUGAUGACGGUGUACAGGGUUAUGCUGCUUAUGUAUCUACUUCUACGGAGCUGAGAAUUUGGACUCCAAAUCUUAAAACCUUAGAAAUUAGAGGAAUUCCAUUUAGCAAGUGUUUGCUGAUGAAUGUCUCAUCUUUAACCGAUGCAACUCUUCGGUACUCUCAUCAUCCAAAUGAGGGCACAUGUUGUGAUGACUUUUCCGGGAUCGAUGACUUUUUAUCAUCAAACCAUUUUGUUGGAGAUUUAUUUGGUCAACUUCUUCCAAGCAUCCAACACGUUGAAAACAUCACAUUGUUACCUUGUUGCGUCCAGGUGCUUCGAGCUAUGAUAGAGGGAUGCAUGAAUUCAUCUUCUCCUAAUGUCAAGCUCUUACGGUUCAGAUCUGAUUGCAUUGAAAUAAUUACAAUUGAGAUUUUCCCCCUAUCAAAAAAGUUAGUCAUUAAAGUUGAAGGAAGAUGCAGAAACGAAGAUUUAAUCUUUGCAUCUUGCAUCUACCGCGAGUUUGAAGAAAAUCUUCCUAUGUCGUUUGUGCUGCAAUUGGGGACAAUUGAGUUUAUUUUGGAGGAUAUUUUGGAGGAUGAUAUCAUAUUUCCAUGUCUCGAGUUUCUGUUGAAAAAUGCAAGUAGGCUCGAAAAGAUUGUGUUCCGAGUAAAAGGAUCCGUGCAACAUUCACAGAGUUUAGAGUCUUUGUCUCGUGCAUCACAGAAGCUGCUAAAAAUGCCAAGAUCGUCGCGAACUGCAGAAUUCACUUUUUGUGAAUAUUGAUCUACCAAGUUAUGUCUUCAAUCAUAGAGGAAUGCUGGUAACUGGUAACUGAUAGUUUUGCUUCAUUUGACUACUCGUCAUGUUUCAAUUUUUGUUUCCUCUAUUUGUUUCAUUUUGGGGAUUAUAUUUGUUUAUUUAGGGAAGCAGAGCAAUUUGACACUUUUGGAUCAAGUUGA